UGCCCAUUUCCUGUGUAGCAAGAGAGCUUUCACUGUACAUACAGACUAGUAUGUACUGUUUCAACUCGGAUUUGGCUUUAGUGUGGGAAGGUGUAUGGUGUUCUCUGGUUAGUUUCUGAAGCUGUGGUUCUCUUUAGACUAUUCAAUUGGUGACCUGGUUACAUUUGUGUGGUCCUGAUGAGGCCGCGUUGACCAACACGUUACCUUUUGCUGUACUCGAUGGUAACUGAAAGAGAGACCGAACUUAGCGAGAUAGAAGCCACGUGACUCUUUAGUUUUUGGCCACUCAAUUUACCUAAUGGGCUCUAUUCUCCAUGCCUGCUUUUCUAUCUCAUUGGUUUCCGUCACCACUCACCAGAGAUGCGCCAGUUCCUUUCACCACUUGCCUUUUAGUUUCUCUUUCCUCCAUCUCUCUUCUCAUUCAAUCUGAUAUUCUCUCCUUUUCCCCAUUACUUGCUGCAGGUGAAAAAAUCCCUCUCUCUUCUCACCCCCAGUUUCAUAUCGGCAAAGAAAGAGGAUGCUUGGACGGCAGAGAGCUGGGGUUGGGCGUGUUCGUGACUUCCAGAAGGUUUACUCCGCCGCGCCCGUCUGUGCUUCCCCGGCCGCAUGGACGCCGUCGCCACCAUCCGAUCAAGCUGCUACCACCGCCUCUUCUCUUAUUCUUCUUCUUCUCUCCCCGACGACCAGAAUGGCUCUCCCACGCCCUUUCCACUUCCCUCCAUGCUCUGUUCGCCGUCUGCUACCGCUGGCUUAAGUUGCAGCUAGAACAACGACAGUGAUGGUGGCCACGAGAAUCAGAUAGGAAGAGGUGGGGAAUUCCCAGAGCGAUGCGGCUUGGAAUUCUACCGGUUUAUUUUUCUUUUUCAUCUAUUGUUCACCCAGAUCUGUGGGUUCCGGUGAGCUUUGAUCUCAUUUUUUGUUAUACUGUUUUUCUAUUUUAUUUGGAUUGUGAACCCCGUCUUUCCCCACUUCCACUUGCAGAUCUGUUGUCUUGAUCGAGGUUCGUAUGAUUUUCGCCGUGACUUUGUCUUCAGUGAAGAUGUUGACCAGAGACAUCGAUUAAGGUUUCGUUUAUCUAUUAUCUUCCCCGUUCUCUGUCUCCUGUUAUCUAUCUAUACCGUUUUCUCUUUACUGAUCCAUGGUUUAUGUUUGAUGCUUUUGACGGCGAUCCUGUAUUUUGGAGUAUGAGAAGGGUGAAUGUAACGCCAUGCUUCUUUAACUAAACGUACAGUGAUAGAGAUGGUUAGUCUGGUGCCAUCAGUAUAGAUUGCCUACAAUCUCCAGUGAUAGAGAUGGUCACUGAAUUAGAUCUCUUCUGACUUUUGAGGGAGCCGCGCCUGCAACCAAUGUUGGAUGGUGUAAUAUAAUCCAAUCGUUGUUAUUUGUUUGUUUUUAUUUUUAUUAAGAGGUUGAUGUGUGGAGGGAAUCCCAUCGUAAUGUGGUUGAACUUUGGAUCUGUGCAAGGUGUUUCUUUUCAGCUUUGACAAUGUAUGCUCUGUGUUUCCCUUCUCUUUUCAUUCUUCUCUUCCCUCUUUGGUAGUUGUUUUGGUUCCUCUCUCUUUGGUAGUUGUUUUGGUCCCUUUUAUUUGCAUUGGUUGGUUAUUAUUCCUUACUCAAAUGUACGUUCUGGCGGUGGCCUCCUUCGGUGGUGCUCUUUGAUUGUCAAGAAGUUUGCAUCUAUGAUUUAUUAUUUUGCACCUGACGAAUUGUAACAGACUAUAUAAUUGUCAGAUAAUGAUCUUGCCAGAACAUUUUUACGAUACUCUAUAUUACUCUUCUCAGCGCACAAAAACGAAUACUUCUAACACAAAUCCUCAGUAUUGUCCUCAUUUUACUCCUAAUUAAAUUAAUGAGCGAAUUCAUUCAAAAUGUGGAUUCAAUUUAUUCAACUCUCUCUAUAUGUUGCUUUAUGUGUAAUAAGCUAUUGAAUAAUGC